UUCACUCUCACUUUUUCUUCCAAAUCCACUCUAUCACACUUCUCAUUUUCUCUAUAAUAUGUCUGAUCAACAACCUAGCUAUGGCCGUCCACAAAGGCAGCCUACCAGACCCUCCAGUUUCCACAGCAACAUGACAACACCUUCCUUUCUCCGUAAACUACAAGAACAUGUCCCAAACUCAACCCAACUUGUCGGCUUUCUAACCUUAAUUAUCUCAGGCACAAUCUUACUCCUUCUCACUGGGCUAACCCUUACAGCAAUCAUUCUUGGUCUUAUUUUCUUUACCCCAUUGGUCUUAAUCUCAAGCCCAAUAUGGGUCCCUGUUGGUACUGUUCUAUUUAUAGCCAUUGCUGGAUUCUUAUCUGUUUGUGGAUUUGGGGUUGCAACGUUGGCAUCUCUUUCUUGGCUUUAUAGGUAUUUUAGGGGAUUCCACCCGCCCGGUUCAGACCGGGUUGAUUAUGCAAGAAGCAGGAUUGCUGAUACAGCUAGCCAUGUGAAGGAUUAUGCAAGGGAAUAUGGUGGAUAUCUUCAUAGCAAAGUUAAAGAUGCAGCACCUGGUGCUUGAGCUGAACCGGAUUGUUUUUUGCUUAAACCGGGUUUUUUUUAAUCGUGCUUACACUUGCAAGUGAAAAUUUUGUCCCCUUUUUUUUUUUUUUUUUGGUUCUAAUCGGGUUGUGGAAUGUUCUUAUUUUUACAGAAUGCGUUGAUGUUACUU